ACGAUGGUGGCUGUUUGCGGCCCUUACAUGGGAACAGGCAACAUGUGUCUAUAUUGACUGUCCAUACUCUGUAAUAGAUAUCAUCACCGCAUGGAAUUCGAAAUUGCUCUCUAUAAGAGCUCAACUAUAGUUUCUCAGUCGAAACACGCUAUUCCCACUGCGGUUCCAUCCCCGUAUACGGUGGUAUCGGUGUACACAAUUUCGGUAAUAUCAGCUUCCCUGAUAGCUCUACUCUGUACGACACUGUCAUUGACUCCAAGAAAGUCUAUCUUUCAAAGACAUCGAACCGACCAACUGGUCUCGGUCUGUAUCUUUCCGACUGCAUGCAAAUGCCUAACCCCUUGCUCAAUAUGUCACACAACGGCAGAUCUUUCUAGAUACCAAAGAGAGACAUUCGAUAUGCUAUGCUAACCCCUACGUCACACAUGAAAAAUGUAGCCUAGGUCAGCAUUCAUCGGAAUGUAUCAGUACUUCGUUCUCGCCAUCCCCUGGGAGCCCCUGACCAGGAGACUAGGCACGCAGCUUACAAGCAUGGCAGUGCAGCUUGGCCUAUUCGAUGGCUCAUAGCUGAAGAACAA